CCGACUUCCUCACCGUAAAUAAAAUUCCAGGGCGCAUAAAAUAACCAAAACAAACCAAUGACCUAACAGAAAAUACCAUAACAACAACAACAACAAAAACACAAUGUCAUCCGACCCAAAAAUAACAUCCAAAAACCUCUCCUACUCAACCGACCUCCCGCCCUUCCUCGCCCGCCUCCGAGGUCAACAGCAACAACAGCGAGACUCAGACGACCCAGACCCGAUCCUAGCCGCGCGGCGACGAGCACGGAAACCGCGAUCUGCGAGUGAAGAAGCUGAGGACGCGCCACUUGUUGUAGAUGAGAAUGGGAAUGCUGUUGUUUUCCCUGAUGCAGAGGGUGGGGGUGAGGGUGUAGAGGGAGAGGGGGAGAGUAAGAAAGAGGGUGUCGUAAGCGAAGAUACACAGGCGCUGAAAGAGAAGGAGAAAGAAAAAGUAGCGGGUAUAGGUGCGGGAAAGAAGCGCAAAGUAGGGCGUGUAGUCGGUGGCGGAGACGAAGAGGAGGAAGCAAAUGCGACGAAAGCUACAAGCCGAACGAAGGAAGACAAGAAGGGAAACAAACCCGCCGCCACCGAUUCAUCCUCCAAAGACGCGAAGUCCGGUCCGAAAUUAGGCAAGAAGAAAGCGAAAAAGAUCAAGCUUAGCUUUGGUGACGAUGGAGAUUGAACGCGCUGAAUAGCAAUAAUGAUUAUACUUCCUCACGAUACGAUACGACACCCCGCUGCCUCUAACAUCUCACGAAGCCAGCGUCGAUUCAGACUAUUAAGUUGAUACUCCACGCGAGCUAUUCCCUUCUAUGCGGUCUACACCCGAGUCGCAUUGCUUAACCAGUUAUUAGGGCUGGAGUAGCAGGUAUUUGCCUAGCAGACAUGAUCGUCCUACCUGGAAUGGUGCUUAAGCUACACAUUCUUCGACAAGGCCCGCCGAGUAGUGAAUGGAAUUCUACAAUAGACAACCCCGCUAUGUUAUGAAACAUCUGACGAUUUCAUGGCGGGGUUCUAUCAUGAGGUUGGUAUUCCGAUUCUCUGCAAUUCUUCUCGUUUAGUAGAGUAAGAAUUCGUGCGGUUGUGUGUAGCGUAUUCUUGACACACCAUAAUAUCGUGUGCCAGAGGCCUAAAUUAUACACCAAAUCAAGUCGCAAGAAAACAUGCAAAAGACU